GGAGGUCUCCGCUCUCACUCCCAGCAGAGCCGCCACUAUCAAGACAAGACACAGCCCCUGACUUCGAGACAGAUCCACCCGCAUCUCUGCAGCCAGCAUGGGUCACCUUUCGCCCUUCCUAGCUCUGGUUGUUUUGCUGGGCAUCUCGGUGUGUGGGGGUCGCCCCAGGGGCCGUAUUCUCGGGGGCUACGAAGCUCCUCCCCACCUGAAACCCUACAUGGCUUCCCUGCAGGUGGAUGGGAAGCAUGUGUGCGGCGGGUUCCUGAUCGCCGAGCAGUGGGUGCUGAGCGCGGCUCACUGCCUGGAAGACAAGCAAGGCAAGCCGUUCCAGGUCCUCCUGGGAGCCCACUCUCUCUCGCAGCCAGAACUGCACAAGCGCCUUUAUGAGGUGCGCGCGGAGAUCGGCCACCCUGGCAGCAGCACGGAGACCUACGACGACGACCUCCUUCUCCUCCAGCUAGAGGAGAAAGCGCUCCUCAACGAGCAUGUGAAGAUCCUGCCCUUCCAGAGGCAAGACAGGGUUGUCCCUGCUGACACCGUGUGCGAGGUGGCCGGCUGGGGUGAAAUGAGCCACAGCGGGAAGCUGCCUGACAAACUGCAGCAGGUGGCGCGUCCGGUGAUCAGCCGGGAGAUCUGCAACCGCAGGAUCCACCAUGACAACACCAUCACAGAGAAGAUGAUGUGCACCGACUCCAGGAAGAAGGACACCUGCCCGGGGGAUUCCGGCGGGCCGCUCGUUUGCAAUGGGAUCGCCGAAGGGGUGGUGGCUGCCGGCUCUCGGGUCUGUGGGAACUACAAGAAGCCCGGAAUCUACACCCGGAUCCCCCCCUACGUCGACUGGAUCGAGAGAGUCAUGGCUUCACCCAGUCACACUUCGAGGACACAAGAGAUGGAGAGAUCCGGCACUGUCCUGCUGGGGCUGCUGCUGGCGUGUUCCAGCCAUGCAGGCAAGCAGGAUGCUCUGAUCCUCGGGGGACGCAAAGUGGUGAAUCACUCCAGGCCCUACAUGGCCAUCCUGCAAAGCGAAUAUAAGCGUAUCGUCCUGUGUGAUGGGUUCCUGAUCCAGCCAGAGUGGGUGAUGACCGCAGCCCAUUGCAGGACCGCCAGAAACUCGCGAGUCCUGAUUGCACUGGGGGUCGAGCUGCUGAGCGACUCAUCCAACCACUUAUGGGACAUCGCAAAGUUUUACCAGCACCCUGAUUACAACCCGACCACCUGGGAAAAUGACAUCAUGCUGGUCCAGCUGAACAGCCCUGUUCCCUACGAUAAAACAGUCCAACCAGUGAAACUCCCGCAGCAGGACAGGGAGAUCCCCAGCACGGCUACCUGCAGCACCGCGGGCUGGGGACGCACCACGGACGACGACUGGGACGCACCAUGGACACACAGCCCGGUUCUGCAGGAGGCGAACGUCACCCUGGUUCCUAGGGACUCUUGCGAAUCACUCCACAAACAGAAAAUCACCGAGAAUAUGAUCUGUGCUGGGAACAAGGAGCACAACGCCUGCCAGGGCGACUCGGGUGGGCCGCUGGUUUGCAACGGCGUGGCUGAAGGCGUGGUCUCCUUUGGCAGCAAGCAAUGUGGCAAGACCCCAACGGUUUAUACCAAGAUCUCAAGAUACCUGCCGUGGAUCAACAAAAUCAUCAAGUCGGCCAGUUAA